ACACGGUGCACAAUUCGUCAGACGCACUAGGGCUUAGAGACACUGAUGGCGGCAGUUGGCCUGCCAAUUGAAAUCCGGAACGAUUAAAAGUCCAUUGGUCGCGAAGUGCGUCUAUCAAGGAAGACUUGCUAUUGCUCCAAGGCGAAGCUGGUAUUACAGUGCUAUAUAGGAAGCUAAGAGCUUUGACCAUUCAUAAGGAAUUUGUAGCUACAUGCCUUCUCGCUGCUUGUUUCUAUAACCGUUUCUGCCGUUUCUUGAAUACAUAAUGCAGAUGUCUAGUUGUCUACCUUGACUUUGGGUAUAGAUGUGAGCAACCUCCCAUUCGUCGGCGCUAGCAAUUCUACCCUAGGGACGCCCAGGAACUAAUACCUCGCUUAAAAAUGAAGCUGAAGGAGCUUCACGCGUUGAUGCAGGACAUUGCGCCCUUCUCCCGCCCCAAGCCCGAGCUGGAGCAGUACCCCACCGGGCCGCACCUGGCCUCCCGCCUGCUCUUCGCAGUGGACUCCUCCUACGAUGAGCUGGCGGGGCGGACCGUGGUGGACCUGGGGUGUGGCACGGCCAUGCUGUCCAUCGGUGCCGCGCUGCUGGGUGCUCGCCACGUGGUGGGGCUGGACGUGGACGUCGAGGCGCUGCAGACGGCGGCGGAGAAUGUGGCGCAGUUUGGAGGGGGUGACGAUGAUGAUGAGGAGGAGGAUGAGGAGGAGCAGCGGCUGCCGAUAGACUUACUGCUCGCGGACGUGCGGGAGCUGCCGCUGCGGCUGCCGCUGCUGCGAGCCGACACCGUGCUCAUGAACCCGCCCUUUGGAACCAAACAAAAGGGAGUGGACAUGGCCUUCCUGCGCGCCGCCUUCUCCGUGUCACGGCACUCGGUGUACUCGCUGCACAAGAGCUCCACACGCGAGUACAUCGCAAAGAUGGCGAAGCGCGACCUGGGUGCAGUGAGUGCUGAGGUGCUGGCUCAGCUGCGGUACGACCUGCCCGCCACCAUGAAGUUCCACAAGCAGCGCAGUGUGGACAUCGAGGUGGACUUGUGGAGGUUUGAGGUGGGGGAGGGAAGCGCGGAGGCGGCUCGGAGGGCGUGUGAGGAGCAGC